UUAGAAUGGAAAAGUUGGACAUGAGAAAACUUAGAUGCCAAGCAAAAGUGAUAGGAACUAUAGUAACGGUUGCUGGGGCCAUGUUGAUGACACUGUACAAAGGGCAAGUCAUCAAUUUCUUGGGUUCUCAGUACAUGCAUCACCCCAGAAAUUAUGUUCCAGAAAACACCACUGAUUCUGGGGAAAAGGAUUGGUUUAAGGGCUCUAUUCUUCUCAUAAUUGCCACCCUUGCUUGGGCUUCUUUCUUCAUCCUUCAGGCAGUCACACUAAGGAAAUACCCUGCUCAGAAAAUGGGAGGUUGGAGACUGUGGUGGAAGAAGCCGAAGCAAACAACGAUAUCGAGAUGCAAAAGGGUGAAGAAACGUCGAGAGAUUUAA